UUGACACUUUCUGGGUUAUUGUAUAUUCUGAAAGUACUUCUAAUAAGCUACCUCUCCACCAAAAAUGAGCAAAAGUUACUUCAGUAAAGUCUGUUUAAUCAUGAUUUUAAAUAAAGUAACAUAAACAAAAUCUCUGCCAUCAGCAGUCCCUGUUUAUAUAGCCCUGUCAACCUGUCAAACAAAAGGCUACAUAAAACUCGUGACGAAAAAAAGCAACAUGAACUGUUGAAAACAAACUUAUUUACAAUCGUUUUCGAAAUCGUGCUACAAAUCUGAUUAGAAUUGCAAAAAAACAGUAUUCUGCUAAAUUAUUUGAUCCAACCUUGCCAUCCAAAACAAUUUGGAAAAACUUUAAAAGCCUUGGAUUUAGGGACGACCCAGAUAACCUUGACGAUAAAUUUAAACCUGAAGAUGUUAAUAACUUUUUUAUCCAAAAAAUUGAGAACUAUCCAACUGGAAACAGACAACCUACUAUUAUUCCUGAUAUCGUUGAAGAAGACCAAUUCAAAUUCCGAGCUGUUACUGAAGAUGAAGUCCAUAAAGCUAUACUUAGAAUUAAAUCUGAUGCAAUAGGGUAUGAUGAAAUUCCACUUAAAUUUGUUAAACUUUUUCUUGAUCUUUUGGUUCCAUACAUUACGCUUUUAUACAAUAAAAUCAUUUCUACAAAUACCUUUCCAACAAUAUAUAAACUGGCUAUAGUUAAACCGAUACCUAAAAUAAAAAAUCCAUCUAAUCCUAACGAUCUGAGACCUAUUUCUAUUUUGCCAUCAUUAUCAAAAGGUUGUGAAAUCUUGCUGAAGGAUCAAAUAGUUCAAUAUGUUACAUUCAAAAAACUUAUCACACCAUUUCAAUCUGGUUUUCGAGAACACCAUAGUACAUCCACCAUUAUUACAAAAGUUUGCCAGGAUAUAAAUGCAUCAUUUGAUUCUAACUAUGUUACAGUACUUAUCUUAUUGGACUUCACUAAAGCCUUUGAUUUGAUUGACCACAGAAUAUUUAUAGAUAAACUUAAAGAACAAUUUAAAUUUUCUAGUGAUGCUUGUGAUCUUAUGAAAAGCUACCUGAGCGACCGUUCGCAAUUAGUUCAAAUUAACGGAGUCCGAUCUCAGUUUAGGUCCACAAAAAGAGGUGUACCGCAAGGAUCCGUUUUUGGUCCGUUGGCGUAUACAUUAUCCGUUAACGAUUUGCCUAGUUUUAUAACUCAUUGUAAUAAACAAUCUUUUGCCGAUGAUACACAGAUUUACCUUUCUUGCCCAGUUGAUCAGCUUCCUAACAAAAUAUCUCUAAUAAACUCUGAUUUAUCUGCUAUUUCUCGUUACUGUAAGGAUAAUGGACUUGUUCUAAAUACUUCAAAAACAAAAGCAAUAUUUUUUUCCCGUCAGAAUACAGUUCUUCCACACUUACCUCCUAUUCAAAUCGACAAUGAAAAUGUAGAAAUAGUUGAUGAAUGCUUGAACUUAGGUAUUAAAAUGAACAAACAUCUUACAUGGGAUGAUCAUGUAUCUCUAAUAACACUUGGCAACUAUCUCUUGUGUGCUCUAGACGUGUUUUUCUGCUGUGCUUUUCUUCGCUAAACAAUCCGCGCGUUGUGGCAGACUCUGCAAAAUGAGUGCUGCCCGCAAAAACACUCUUGUCGUCGACUUCAGCGUCCUCCCGGAACGCCCCAAACUGGACGUCGUGCAGCGGUUUGUCGAGAAAGGUCUAGGAAUUGCUGCCUCGGACCUGAAAAGCAUCCAGCUGCACAACAUCCGCCAUUGCGUGCUCAUCGAGAUGGCGGACCCAGCCGCCGCCACCAAGAUAGCAGCAGACAACCACUGCAAGUACGCCUUCAAAGCCAACCCGACCAUCAAAAUUCCGGUCUACGUCGAUGACAACACCAUCGACGUUCGGAUCCACGAUCUGCCGCUAGACUUACCAAACGCCCAAAUAGCUGAAGCCAUGCGUGAGUACGGUGAAGUACUCACAAUCAGGGACGAGGUUUGGCGGAACUUUUUCGCCGGCGUGCCGAAUGGUGUGCGUGUGCUGAAGAUGAAGCUGUCCAAGCCCGUGCCUUCCUAUAUCAACGUAUGCGAACUCAGCACAUUAGCUACGCACACACAUCAAGUUGUCACGUGUCGCCGCUGUGGCGAAAAACGCCACGUGUCGAAGAGCUGCUCAGCAGCAGCAAAGCAACAACAAAAACCAAAAAAAUCCAGUCCUCCUGCGCCGAUUGUUUUGCCUCCAGCACAACCAACGGUAGUUGAAUCCCAAGUCGUUGCUCUCACUGAGAACAAUGGCAAUGACGGAUUUACUACUGUUGGGAAGAAAGGCAAAGCUAAAAGGCAAUUAUCGGGAGAAGAAGUCAAUCAAUCAGCGGAAAAAAGAAGCUGCGUGGAUGACGACGCUAAUACCGCACCGACACCGAAUUUAGAAAAAGGACAAAGCAAUGACCAUGGACAACGAGAUCAACAAAUUCUACCACAAACAACGCCGAAAAGAAGACUGGGUAAGCCAGCCGUUUGACGGAGGACUACGCCAGUCGAAUAAUUGAAAUGUUUUUUUUUCUUAUUGUUUUUUUGUUUUAUAUAAGUAACGCUUGGCCAAACUAUGUUUACAGAGGCCAGUAAAAUAAACACAAAAAAAAAAAAUGUAUCUCUAAUAAAGAAAAAGGUCUAUUCAACUCUUCGAACUUUAAAUUGCCAUAGACACACAUUAUCAAUUGACACUAAAAUAAAGCUAGUACACACAUUA